AUGCCCAUCAUGAAGCUCAAGCUCGGCAAGCAGUUCGCCAAACUAUCAUCCAGCCCCUCCCCAUCUGCAGUUGUAAGGAGCGCUGAUGCAUUGGCAAAGUUCCUCAAUGCCGAUGGCCAUCCUGUGUGCCUCGAUCAAGUCCCAGCCGCCAUGUUCAGCCCGCCACUUGCGCACCUACAACGGGCCCUCGCCGAGCUUGGCGAUCUCGAGGUGACCGAACAUGAUGUCAGCCACGCGUCUAGCUUCCUCAGCAGUACAAUCAUGUCUUAUCACAAUGAGGACAGUCGCCGGAACGCCAUUCGGCAACACGUAGACCACUUAAUCGGGGAGCCUGGUCAGUGGGAGGAAAGGCUUGACCGGGUGGGGAACAUCCAGCCUGAUGCGAGUUGGUGGCAAGGUGAGUUCCCUGUCACAAUCCUGAAGCUGAAAAAUGCCCCUGGUAUUGGCGGAGAUCCUUUUGUUCAAAGUCUUGCCGACUACAGCAAGAUUGUGUCGGACCCCCAGCUUGCGCACUUUCAAGGAUCCUGCAAUUUCCCUGUCUUGCUUCUCGGUCUCUCGGGAAAUCGGAUCGAGAUUGGUGUGGCUGUCUGUGUUGGCUCUAUCUACGCAUCCAGGCUAGUCGCCUUCAAUAUCACCCCCGGAUUUCACUUGUCCGAGAACAUCAUCCAUGCGGCUCGAAUCUUCAGGUGCCUUUCAUCGUGUCGAGCGGCACUGGCAGCGCACUACCGCGCAGUUCAGGGCAACCACGUAACUAUUGCGGCAAUCUACCCUGACCCAACCUCAGUAUCAGGCAAUGCAUUGCCGUGCCUGACCUACCACGGUGUCCUCUUGCGAACCGGCGAGCACGUUUCGACCAGCUUGGCAGACCUGGAAGUUGGGACCACCGCGCUGUACCGGGCUACCCUUGGUGACGCUGCUACCCCUGAUGGUGCUACCGAGGUCGUCGUCAAGUUUGCGAGUCGAUACGGUGAAGCAGCCCACCGCCUCUUAUCCGAUGCCAAACUGGCCCCAAAGCUCCACUGGUGCGAGCCAAUCAUCGGGGGCCUUUUUAUGGUCGUCAUGGACCAUCUCGAAGACGGUGCAUCAAUCUGGCGACUGCGAAACAGUUCAAGGCCCAAACCUGUUCCCGAAGCUGUCUUGAGGGAUGUUAAAGGGGCACUAAAGCUCUUGCACGAGAAUAGGUUUGUGUUCGGAGACCUGCGUGACACGAAUGUUGUUUCUUCCAAGGAGCAAGGGUUUCUCGUUGAUUUCGAUUGGGCUGGGAAGGAAGGAGAGGACAGAUACCCAGCCGCGCUCAAUGAAAAUAAUAAGUGGCAUGCCGAGGUUCGUGCGCACGCCGUUAUGAGCAAGGCGCAUGAUGAUUAUCAGUUCGAGCAGUUGGAGGCUCAGCUGAAGUAG